UAGUGUCACUGCGUACUUGCAAAUAAGCAGACGACAGUUAGUUCAAGAUUACUGUCUGUUGUAUUGUCUGUAUCAUUGUUUUUCGUAUAUUUUGUACAGUGUUAAAACUUGGUGUAAUAGUAAAAAAAACAGCUUUGAAUCUUUUAUUGCAUCAGGUCUUAGUUGUCAUUGGAACAGAAAACGGUGUACUUAAGGAACUAUUAAAAUACUGAAAGUUAAACUUGAAUAAUGUUUUCAAUGAAUAUGAUUGCUUCUGCAGAAGCACAAACCAUUUUAAGUGGUAGCCGUCCAACAGAGAAGAAAAAACUCAAGCCCUGUUGUGUUUGUAAAGAAACGAAGAAAGCAAGGGAUUUAUGUGUAUUGGAGAAUGGGGAGAUCAACUGUAGCAGCUACAUUGAAGCUCACAAAGCUUGCAUGAGGAGUAUGGGGUUCAAUAUCUAAUCUUUCCCCCCACAAUUGUGAUCUGGCUUUUAUUUCUGUAAAAAUUAUUUAAUAUUAGCUAAAUUUGAAGUGUAUUAUUUUGAUUUAAGUUUAAUAAUGUAUACAAAGUUAACUCUUAGUUUGCUGAAAAUUGUUACUCUAAGGUUCAACAUUACUGUGUUAAAUAGAUGUAAAUAGAUUGUGUGUUAAGUCCUUACAGUUAUUUAAUUACAGUUGAUGUAGUAAAAA